CCGUUUGCAAGAGGGUAAAACCUGGGGAUUAGCAGGGAUUCAAUCCUGGCAGAAAAUCCAUCUAGCAUUCCUGGAAUGGGUGUCUUUCCACUGACUUGGGACUGAACUGUUUGCCACUACAAACUGGGACCAGUUAACCUGGGAUUUCUACAGCAACAGGAAAAACAACAGACACUUAAUGCAGGUGGCAACCUGCAAAGUUAUUAAGCCAACUUGCCACCUUCUGCAAUUUUAACCUGUGGUAUUAAGGGACUAUUUGCUGGGAUGCACAUACCUUGCAAGAUAUUCAGCAUAAGCAUCCCAAGUGGCCAUACUUCCAUUUUAUGGUGUGAAUCAGCACCACUGAGCAGUUAUUUUUUGGCCAAACCACUGAGAUAUUUUGCUAACACAGGGGAAGAGUGUAUUCUUCUCAUCCAUCAUUGGUCUUUUUUUUUUGAUCUAUACAGCGCCACCCGAGAGCCAUUGGUUUUCCAGAACUUCUGGACUGCGUUGAUGGCAUGGGACGCUUUCAAGUCAUGCAUGUGGCAUUCCUGGCCAUCCCGCUCUUAAUGCUGGCCAGCCAUAACCUCCUGCAGAACUUCACUGCUGGAAUCCCAGAGCAUCACUGUCAAGUGAGCAUCAUGGCUAACUACACCCAUUAUGCCAAUCUCACAGCCAGCCUACCUGCUGAAGAUCUGUUCUGGGUCUCCAUUCCCAUGGACAGGAGCCAGAAGCCGGAGAAGUGCCAGCAGUUUGUCACCACCCAGUGGCAGCUCCUAAACCCAAAUGCCACAAGCACCAACACCAUAGAGCUGGACAUUGAGCCGUGUGUAGACGGGUGGACCUAUGAUAAGAGCCUGUUCACUGAAACCAUUGUAACUGAGUGGGAUUUGGUGUGCGAGUCCAGGACACUCCAGCAAAUGGUGCAGUCGCUCUACAUGGCUGGUGUGCAGGUGAGGUCAGCUGUGUUUGGACGCCUCGCGGACAGGUUGGGCCGGAAAGCCCUCCUGAUCUGCUGCUACCUGCAAAUGGCGGUAACAGGCAUCUGUGCUGCUUUCUCCCCGAACUUCACCACGUACUGCGUCUUCCGCUUCCUCACCGGCCUGGCCAUUUCCGGCAUCUCGGUCAAUUCUGUCUCACGGUGUAAGUAGGCGCUUCA